AAUCCCCCUCUCAUACCCAUUAUCCUCCUUCCAAGAACCUUAAUUAUGCACUUCUUUCUCACCACUGUCCUCUUCCUUAGCCAUUGCCUCUAUGUAUCAUCAACAAGAUGUCCGCCACCCCUACCGCCGCCGCCGCCGCCGCCGCCACCAGAGUGUCCCCCACCUGAGUCCCCGCCGCCGCCGCCUCCAGAACCUUGCCAAUGCCAACCGAUCCUCAGUUUCUUAGACCAAAGACUGGCCGUGGUGUACCCCAUCAUUCAGAGCUUCAAAGCUCUCAUCACUUCUGACCCAUUUGGCGUCACACAAACAUGGGUCGGCUCUGAUAUCUGCAAAUACAAAGGCUUCUUCUGUGACAAUCCGCCCGACAACAAAUCCGCUCUCGCCGUGGCAGCCAUUGAUUUCAAUGGCUACCAACUCUCCGCCCCCACGCUUGAUGGCUUCAUCGACGCCCUCCCGGACCUUGCCAUCUUCCAUGCCAACUCCAACAACUUCUCCGGUACAAUCACCCCCAAAAUUGCAUCACUCCCAUAUCUCUACGAGCUUGAUUUAAGCAACAAUCAACUGUCGGGUCCUUUCCCAACCGCCGUUUUGGGUGUCACUGAUCUGUUCUUCUUCGAUAUCAGAUUCAAUUUCUUCACUGGGUUUGUUCCUCAGCAGGUCUUCGUAAAGAAUUUCGACUUCCUGUUCAUCAACAACAACAAUUUCGGGAUGAGAUUACCCACAAAUUUCGGUUCCACAACCGCUGCUUAUAUCACUUUAGCUAACAACAAAUUCACUGGUCCGAUUCCAAGAAGCAUUGGAAAGGCUGCUGCUAGUUUAACUGAAAUCUUGUUACUCAACAAUCAGCUCAAUGGGUGUAUUCCAUAUGAAGUGGGGUUCUUGAAAACAGCCACUGUUUUCGACGCCGGUGAGAACUUGCUGACCGGCCCGUUGCCUUGCUCGCUCGGCUGCCUGGAGAAGGUUGAGCAGCUGAACUUUGCCGGAAACUUCCUCUACGGUCAGGUGCCGGAGGUGGUAUGUGAACUGGGGAAUUUGCUAAAUCUGUCGCUGUCGGAUAAUUACUUCACCAAAAUUGGGCCAUCUUGUAGGAAACUGGUGCGAAGUGGGGUUCUUGAUUUGAGAAAAAACUGCAUUCGGGAGCUGCCUGAUCAGAAAUCGCCGUUGGAAUGCUUCCUGUCCUGUUUGUUUCGACAUCCUUGUCCAUUUCCAGCAACUUAUGGCUUUGUUCCUUGUAACAAAUCUGCAAGUAUCAUCCAUUCUUCUGGCUCUGGCCGACAGAGAAGAAGCUCUGUUCCUAUUGACAAUGGUGGUCUUUCCACUAAAAAACCUGAACUAUGAGUGUUUGUGUGUGUUA